AUGAGUAAGACGUACUCUGCUCCACCGAGGCUGCGUCAUUUGCCCACCACGGAGCAGAACUCGCUGCUCUCUGACUCCCUGCGACGGCUCCUGGAUUCGGCGAAGCUGCUCCGAACGAAAGGGCAGCCGGACGCAGCCGAUUCAGUGGCAACCUUCGCAUCAAGAAUGAUCUUGACCUAUCUGUCGACUGGACUCGCCGGGAGACCCAAGCUUGCAAGCGACAUCUUUGAGCUGCAGCUGUCUCUUCAGGACAAGACCUUGGACGAUGGGACGAAGAUCUUCCACGCUUUGCCCUUCGAGGUUCCCGGCGCAAUCAGUGUCAAGGUCCUAUGCGAAAGCAAGAAGGCCAUGAACACUGACAUCCUGCUCACCCCGACAGGUCCGGAUGAAGCAAUGUCAGUGGAGAUUGAAGACAAAGCGCGGGUGCCACUCAGCACACGAACAGCAGGAGAUGUCGUCAAAGUCGCCUUCAAGCCUGGGUUUGCCAAGAUUUCGCAAGGCAGAGUGUUUUGUGGCUUCGACCGGGCAACCAGCAAGGGUGACGGCAAAGAGGAGUUCGUGCUGAAGGUGCUUCCAGUCUUCGUUUUUCGCAGCAUUCCUCGCAACUCUGUCAACGACCUUCUCGUGAACGGCCACUUUGAGGCAGUGAUCCAAGCUUGCAACUGGUGCUAUGCCGUCCUGGCCAAGGAGUUGGAAUCCAACGAGGACAAGACACCACUGGACGGAUUGAAUCCUGAGCGUGUGCCGGUCUUUCCAUUCUUGCGUCUGGCACUGGACAUCAUCCAUCGCCUGGAAGCUGCGCGUCCUGGAGAUGCAGAGCUUGUGUUGCUGGAGGAGCAGGUCAGAGUGGCUGGAGAGACGAUGCUGCUGCUGUCCAGUCACAGCCCCAGCGCAAGAGCAGAGGACAUCAUGAAGCGGAGACGCCGUGAAGAGCGGGUGCUGGCGCAGCUUCUGGGAGUCACGGAUGAUAAGAUGGAAGUCCGAAACAAGAAGCUGGAAAUUGCAGCAGCGGCGACGGGGAAAGCUUCCAGGAUGGAGAUUCAAACAGUGGAGCAGGUGCUUGAGGAGGUUGUGCCAUCACCGUUCACAGCUCUGUUGUUCUAUGUGACAGCUGCAACGAAAGACGGCACGCUGCGACCGGCACAUGCGAAGGUCCUCUACCAUGUUGCCGAGAUGUAUGCCUUGCUCCUCUCAGAAGGCUGGCAGCCCACGUUUCAGGAGACGCAGUGCCGACCACAUGAGUUCAUGGAGGCACUUCGUCUCAAGAGACCCCAAAAACACGUGCGAUCCCUGGCUUUACAAGAAGUUCCGAUGGCUUCUACACGCGCGCUUCGCGGCCUCGUCGUGCUGGCUGUUGCCUUCGGCUUCCUGGCUGGUCCUUCCUUCGUCUCUGGCCCUCGGCAGCCAAGUAUUCGCGUUCUUCGCCGCGCAGGAGAAGGGCCGGCAGAGGAAGUCGAAGAGCGCCACUUGCCACUUCCGGAGGCAACCCACUUUGUGGAAGAAGAGGCUGCAGGUUGCAUCGAAGAAGGCUGCACUGUGGAAGACAUCACGAGGAUCCAGCACAAGCUUGAAACCGAUGAAGGAAGAAUCAGGGAAGCUAUCGAGAUGCUCCAGGUUGCCCGCGACUCCUUUUCGGUGGAUUCUUCACCGGGCAUCGGUCUUCUCCGGAUGUCGCUAAGCAGAAUCCACAGCCUGAACAAUAAGCUCCAAGGCCUGAUCAGUUCGCAGGGCGAGCAGAUCGCCAAGGAUGGAAUCAUCGACGAGCUCGAAGGCCAAGUCGAGAUGCUGGCGCAGCAGCUGCGCAGCAAGGACCGGCACCCGUUUGCAGUGGAUGCGACUCGAGAAUCGGAGGACUUCGAGCUGCAACAGGUCAAGGACAGCCUCGAAGCGGUGCAGGCACAGCGGGGGCGGCAUUGUGUCCGGCAGCUCGGUCCCAGGACUGCGCACGAGCUCGCGGACGUGGAGUCCUUGCAAUCCCGGACAGGCUUUCUGUCGGACUUGGUCAACCGCUUUGAGGACAAGACUAUGGCGCUCGAGAAGGAGCUCAAGGAAAUGAGGGAAGACCGGGCCGUCGAUGCUGCGCGGCAAAAGAUAGUGGAGGAUGCUGCGCACCAGAAUGCUGAAGCGCUGCAACAAAGUAAAGAAGAGGUGGAGAGCAUGAAGCUCCUGCUGCGAGACACCAAGAAAGAGCAUAACAAAAGAGUCCAGGACCUUCUCAAGCAAAUUCAGCUGGCGCGCGGCCGGCGAACAGACACCAAGUCAAAGGAGGAGCAGGAGCGACUUGAACAGCUUCGCGAUGAGCUCCGGGAGCUGAAGGACCUGAACGGUCGUUUAGUCGAGCGCCUGGGCCACGAAAGGGCUGAGCAUGCCGAGGCCCGGCAGCAGCUUUUCCGCUCCGAGCGGGAGCGCGGCAUUCUGGAGCAGCGCACAGAAAACCUCUCCGAGCAGCUCAUCGUGCUGGCGGAAGUCAACGACAGCUUGGAGCAUCUGCACGAGCAGGCAAACGCCAAGUGUUCCAGUUGCAAAGUCGCACAGAUUUUGGUACCCGGAAACUUUGCCGGCUGGCAAGGCACCUUGAUCCAUGUGGCUCUGCAGGCACUGCGAUUGUCCCUGUACAGGAUUGGAAUGUGCCUGGCUGUACAACCAAGCCACAAGAAUUCAUCGUCUCAGUGCUUCGCGUACGACAGCGGUGAUGGAACAGCCAUUCCACGAGUUGUAAGGCCUGUCGCUGUAACAGGUGGACCCUUUACAUGGCUGCGGAGCAAUAGGUGA